AUGAUGUUUUCCCCAUUCAAACGACAGUUUUUCCAAAGCAAUGUAUUACAAACGGUGCGACAAACCCAGCUGUUGAAAAUCAGCUCGCAAUUCCAUGCGUUAAGAGGGUUUAGACAAAGUGCUUUGAAGCUCAGAAGCGAAACAUGGAAGAAUUACAACAAAUAUUACAAUAGAACUAGCUGGGAUCGGUUGAAAAAGCCAUUUAUUUUUACAGUUGCUUUUUGUGUAGGAACAACAAUUAUUACCCCAUUGGCCUUCCAGUAUACACCACUAUCAAUUUUUAAGAGAAACCCACAAGCAUUGCUUUGGACAAUCGUUGGUAUCAAUGGUGCCGUGUUUCUUAUGUGGAGAGUACCACAACUACAAAAAUUUACCAUGAAGUAUUGUCUCUUACUCAAAGAUAAUGUACAAUCAUCUUGGACGUUGCUUGGUUCGUCAUUUUCCCACCAAAAUUUUGGCCACUUUUUAAUCAAUAUGCUUUGUUUUCAAUCGUUUGCAUCUACUUUGAUUCCUGUUUUGGGGGCCACAAGCUUUACAAUUUUUUAUUUGAACUCGGCUGUUAUCUCGGCGUUUGCUUCAUUGGCCAUUCCUAUAAUCAUGGGCACUUCCUUAUCCGUGGCAUCAUUAGGUGCCUCGGGUGCAAUUUUCAGUGUCUUUGGAGCCUUCUCUGUGCUUUUCCCUGCUGCGCCUGUGGGAAUAUUUUUUAUUCCGAUUCCUGGUGGCUCAUUGGUUUUGUUUUUGGGAACUGUGCUUUGGAACGCAGCAGGCACAAUGUUGAGAUGGGGAACUUUUGACUAUGCAGCACAUUUGGGAGGCAGUUUGGUCGGUAUCGCCUAUGGUUACUGGUUUGCAAGAAAGAGAAAACAAGAGAUUAGAAAAAAGAAUAUUUUCUUCUAA